ACCCCGGGGUUUUUUUGGGAAUUCUCUCCGGGAAAUCCCAUUUCUCACCGAUUUAUUCGCGCCCUCUUUGCAUAUCCAGGGAAUCCCGAAGCUUUUCCCGGCGGAUCCCAAAUCCCGGGAUUUUCCCCGGGGGUUUUUAGGGUCGAUUCGGCUCCUCCCGAGCCUCUCCCGGGAUUUUUUAUUUUUCCUUCCUCGGAAUUUUUAUUUUUCCAGGAUUUUUCUGGGAUUCCCAUCCUGGGGGAGCUCUUGCAUAGCCAGGGGGAAGCAAAAACGGGAAAAAGAGCAGGAAAAUGGGGAUCGAAGCAUCGGGACCUCCGAGGAGUCGCAUCCCGGGGUUAAAAUUCCCUAAAAAUUCAGGAGAUUCCCUAAAAAAUCCCCUCCGAGCCCAAGCGUUCCGGGAAUGGGGAUUUUUGUCGGGAAUUUCAAUCCUGACGGGAUUCUUUUUUCCAAUUUUUUUUUUCUCCCAAAACUUUCUGGGAUUGGUCCUUGGGGAGGGUUUGGGGAAAAAAAAUUGGGAAUUUUUGUGGGGGAAAAGCGGGAUGGGAGCGGAGGGAUUUGCAUAAAAGCUCCGGGUUUUUCCAGCAGGGCUCAUCCCGAUUUCCCGGGAGGCCGAAAUUCCCAAAUUUUGUGGGAUGAUCCCAAAAAAAAAAACCCAACCCCGAAGGCGAUCCCGGAAUUCCCAGAGCCUGGAAUAAAGUGCAGAAUGUCCAUGGGGGGGAAGGGGAGCGGGGCUGGGAAUUCCUGGAUUUUUAAAUAGGGGGAGGAAUAUUCCCGUGGGAAAAGGGGGGGCUGAGAUGGGAGAGGGGCCGGGGAUCCCAAAGUUUGGGAUCUGGUGGGAAUUGGGGAUCCCAGAGUUUGGGAUCUGGUGGGAAUUGGGAUCCCAAAGUUUGGGAUCUGGUGGGAAUUGGGGAUCCCAGAGUUUGGGAUCUGGUGGGAAUUGGGAUCCCAAAGUUUGGGAUCUGGUGGGAAUUGGGAUCCCAACAUUUGGGAUCUGGUGGGAAUUGGGAUCCCAAAGUUCGGGAUCUGGUGGGAAUUGGGAUCCCAAAGUUUGGGAUCUGGUGGGAAUUGGGAUCCCAACAUUUGGGAUCUGGUGGGAAUUGGGGAUCCCAGAGUUUGGGAUCUGGUGGGAAUUGGGAUCCCAGAGUUUGGAUCUGGUGGGAAUUGGGAUCCCAGAGUUUGGGAUCUGGUGGGAAUUGGGGAAUCCCAAAGUUCUGGAUCUGGUGGGAAUUGGGAUCCCAGAGUUCUCAUUCCAGGGGGAUCCCAACGUUCUGGAUCCAUUGGGAAUUCCUGAUCCCAAAGUCCUCAUUCCGUGGGAAUUCCAGAACUCUCAGUCCAUGGGGAUCCCAAAGUUCUCAUUCCACAGGGAAUUCCACAUCCCAAAGCUCUCCGUCCGUGGGGAUCCCAAAGCUCUCAUUCCAUGGGGAAUGGAGGAUCCCAAAGCUCUCAGUCCAGGUGGAUCCCACUCUCCUCAUUCUAAGGAAAACCCACCCGGAGCAGCAGAUCCCAACGUUCCCAACCCCUCUGGAGCCACGGAACCAACUCUGAGACCCCCGAGGAGCUCCCGGGAUCCACCCGGGGAAAUCCUCCCCUGGAAGAUCUCCAGAGAUCCACCCAGACAAAUCCUUUGCCGGGAGAACUUUUUGGAUCCACCUGGAGAAAUCCUGCCCUGGUGGAACUUCCUGUUUCCACCCAGACCAAUCUUUGGCUGGGAGAUCUCUUGGGAUCCACCUGGAUAAGUCCUUUGUUGAAGGAGUUCCUGGGAUCCACCUGGACAAUCCUCCCCUGGAAGAACUUCCCACAUCCAUCCAGAUCGAUCCUUUGUUGAAAGAGCUCUGGGAUCCACCCGGACAAAUCCUCUGCUGGAACAUCUCCCGGGAUCCACCGGGGCAGAUCCUUUGGAACAUCUCCCGGGAUCCACCGGGGCAGAUCCUCUGCUGGAACAUCUCCCGGGAUCCACCGGGGCAGAUCCUUUGGAACAUCUCCCGGGAUCCACCGGGGCAGAUCCUUUGGAACAUCUCCUGGGAUCCAACAGGGCAGAUCCUUUGGAACAUCUCCUGGGAUCCAACA